AGCAAUCCAAACAGUUUACAGCAACAACUCCCACACCAAUCCACCAAAGUCCCAGUCCCACAGACCCAAUCAUCCAAUCUUCUCCAACCAUGCAAUUCUCCACCUCCAAACUCCUCUCCAUGGGCCUCUCCCUAACCGCCCUCGCCUCCGCAGCCCCAACAUCCGCCACAAACCAGCACUCCCGUGCCUCCAAGGUCAUCCUCGGCUACCGCUCCGUCAGCCCGGACAUAGCAGCCAAAUACAACGCCGCGGGCACCAUCACCGCCGACCGCUCCGGCAACAGCGCGCAGAUCGGCGAGGGCGCCUACACGGCACCCGUCCGGGGCGACAAGCCCGGCGGCUGGCCGGGCCCCUGGAACUGCGUCGUCUUCAUCGACUCGGACGCGCUGGACCGCGUGUCCAAGGCGUGGAUCCCCGAGUUCAGGGACCAGGGCGACGACGAGCGGCUGUGGUACAACAACGAGCGGAUUGACGAGUACAUUGACGACUUGGAGGACAGCUGGGACCCGACCAAGACGCUGCGCAUGAGCGAGGUGUCCAACACCCUCAACCCGACCCAGAUCCAGCUUGUCGUGCCGUUCACGCUGAUCAACUCUGCCGGGGGCGCGUUGGGCCUUGAGACGUUCUGUGUUGCGCAGGCUGAUAUUGGUAGCUUGCCGGAUGUUACUGUCAACUAUGAUGACUGGCAGAACAACAUCAAGGGCGACAGGCACCCAAAGUCUGAUUAGAGCGUCAGCCUGGGGAUAUGUACGAUAUGACGGAGAGAGAGAGAGAGAGAGAGAGAGAGAGUGUGUGUGUGUGUGUGAAGAGUGUUUCUGGGUUUUUGAAUUUUGGAGUUAGCUGCGCGCGUUAUGUGAUGAAUAGAAAUGAUUGACUGUUGUUAUACAUAUUUGCUAGUGCUUUUCAAUCCUAGUGAUGAUGGAAUAUGUGCUGCGGUACACCGUUUUCUUCGACUUGUGGACCUGAGUGAAGACG